UUUAUUUUUUUUUUUCUUUUUUUUUUCUUUUUUUUUUUCCCUCUCGAAUCGCCAGCCCGAUCAGCAGCCCAACCUAUCGUUUUUACUCUGUCGCACCUAGAGAGUCGCACUUUUUCGUCUUUGAUUUUUGUUUUCGCUUCCCUCUACUUUACUUUCCCAUGAUUUUCGUGUUUGCACGCGGUGCAUUUGACGCAGGCGCGAAACAGGACUUGUUUGGUCAUUCUGACUGGCCAGAGAGGGUGCGUUCUUUAUGGGUCGCAUGUUUUCUGCCUCUUUAUUCCAUCAUAGAUUGAUUGACUGGACUCGAUGGCACCUCGACGGGACGGCAGGAUUCGCCUCGAAAAGACGGGCCUGGAAUGGUGUGUGCAGAAAAAAGCAAUUUCGAAGAUGUGAUCUUGCUUGGGGUUGAUUGAUCGGUACGCCCUCGACAGUUCUCUACCGGUAUUGACCAGCAAAAGAGUACCGGUAAAUCCCCUCUUGGUCCGUGAUCUCGCCAUCUUCUCCUGUAUGAUCGUUUGAGUCUCGCGCGCACGUUAAUCUUCUAUUUGUGUUUCCCUUUUUCUUCAAACUGCUCCCUCUGGUAUCUAGAACAAGGUACCCAAUGUAAACAACGCAUUAUUCUACCCUUGAUUGUUUCUUCAAGCCACUCCGCAAAGUCAUCAAGCCAGCCAAAAUUCCCCGUCUGUCUACGGUAUUGGUUCUGCUUCGCCCGCAUCUACCUAGUUGCCUCACCCUUGGCGGCCCCUCCUCUCUCGGUUGCCCCACCAAUCCGAUCUCUGUGGACAAAAACAUCUGAGCCGCAUCAACUUUUGGAUCCCAUACUGAUCGAUCCAUCGCGUCGCUGCCAACGCCUUCAUUUUUUGUUUUGUUUUUGGGGAUUUGCAGGAGGCGAUGCUUUGCUGCCUAGAAUCUGCUUGGACUUUUCAUUAAGUGCAUUUAGAAAGCUUGCCAUCUCUAGGAGCUUUAAUACCUGGAACUAGGGCCACUCCUAGUCUCUUCCAGGCUAGACUGACUGAUGGUGACGACAAGGUCACUAUUCAGAUCCGAACCUGGAUACCAUCACCUACCUAGGCCAAACUCUGCUCUUGAUUCAGAAACAAUCAGCACAAAACCUCAACGAGGGCCUAGCCGUUGCCUUUGCGGUUGCAUAGCCGCCUGCGAUGGACUACGAUGAAGACUCCCAACCCACGCAAGCUACCCAGACAUUAGUCGACCCGAGACGCCUAGGCAAGCAGAAUUCGGGCUUUUCCGACGAAGAGAUUGCCGACAUAAUAUGCAUUCUCUAUCCCAAAUCCGAAAAUGCCCGGCGGGCAGUCGUCGCACUCGAACGAGACAACUCGAAGCACUUGGUCUCUAGACCAACCGACAGCUCAUCGAAUGUGGAUUACCUAUUUGAUGACGAUCCGGCUCAGUUCGGCCUCGCAACAGCCGUCUCAGGCAGCCAUGUUAUUGCCUUGAAGUUGUCGGCAACAACUAAAGACCCUGCGCAGGGCUUCACCUUCGGUCGUCACCCGGGACGAUGCGAUAUAUGCUUCACACACGACCCACACAAGCGCCUAAGCAAUAUUCAUUUUCGCAUCUUCCUCAAUGAGUAUGGCGUGCUUAUGCUCGAGGAUACGUCCACCAACGGUACCGUCGUCGACGAGGUUCUGCUUAAGAAGUCUAAACCCGAACGAUGCGAAACCAAACGAACUCUGAGCAACGGCUCUCAGAUCAAGAUCCUUUUGCAUAACAACGCCAAUGAUCUCGUUUUUCUCGUUCAAGUACCCAGGCGCGAAGGGCAGCACGAGCUUGAUUUUAGGCGGAAUAUCCUGAUUCAUAAGCAGAGAGUGCAGGCUCUGGCAGACGAAGAGGCUGCAACAAUGGUCCCUGGGCCAGCAGGAGGACCUCCUGUCUUGUUUCCGAGGGAGCCAUGGGGUACUGAUCAAAGACCACGCCAGCAGCUACAGCAUGAUGCAGCAGUUGACUCGGAUGAGAGGCUACCACGUGAAUGGACCGGCUCAGAUCGAUACAACCGUGUGGGUCAGAUAGGCAAGGGCGCCUUCGCUACUGUGCACAAGGUCACGUCCAAGUACGAUGGGAGACCUUAUGCGGCAAAAGAGCUAGACAAGCGUCGCUUCAUGAAGGAUGGUGUUCUGGAUCAGAAAGUUGAGAAUGAAAUGAAAAUCAUGAGAAGCGUGACACAUCCGAACAUAGUCCGCUACGUCGAUCACCUGGAAUGGGAGAAUCGACUCUUGGUUAUCAUCAUGGAGUAUAUACCCCUGGGAGAUCUUGGUGGUCAUGUGCAACGCUACGGCCCACUCACCGAGCGCUUGGCGAUAGCGACCGCGAAGCAGCUAUCGAGUGCAUUGGGCUACCUUCACACCCACAACAUAACACACCGAGACGUCAAGCCAGACAACAUCCUAAUACACUCGAGAGAUAAUGACACCUUCACGGUCAAGUUGACAGACUUUGGGCUGUCCAAAAUGGUCGACAACGAGCAGACCUUUUUGCGGACUUUCUGCGGUACUCUCUUGUACUGCGCCCCUGAAGUGUAUUCGGAGUAUCUUGAUUAUGACGAAUAUGGAAUACGGCGACCCCAUCAGCGACGACAGCAUAUUGGUCAACGAUACGACCACGCAGUGGAUUUGUAUUCUCUGGGCGGUGUUCUGUACUACAGCCUGACAGGAAAGCCACCGUUUCCCGCAGAUAACGGCGCAGGUUAUCCGGCUUUGCUCAACGCCAUCAUGACACAGCCUCUGAACAUCGCACCACUGGAGGCGGUGCACUUGUCGCAUCAAGGCAUCAAUUGUUUGCAGUGGAUGUUAUGGCGACGACCUGAGCAGAGAGCCACUGUGCAACAAGUAGAAAAUCACGAGUGGCUUGGCGGUAACCUCUUGGGCUUUUCUAAGAAUAACGUGGGUGACACCUCGGAGGAGCUUGGGCAAAAGGCAUCUCAGCUUAGCCUAUUAGACACGCCUCAGAGGUCGGAUCCUCUUAGCGAUGACGAAUUUAUCGAUGAGGACGACGAACUGAUGGACAUUGACAGGGGCUCGAGCCGAACGUGGUCGGAGAAUGCUAGUGAAAACCGCACUUUCGGUCGACAGGCUCCUCGCUUGUUUGGGGAGGUCAAUGUCUCGGCUAUUGGCUCGUCUGGCGUGAUUCCAGAGAACAGACUCAAUCUCUCGCUCGGGCAAGGCAUCAACAUGGAGGAUUCCGAUGUGAUUAGGGAUAGUUUCUCCUCAGCCUUGACUGGAAACCAUGUUGAGGAUGGCCCUGAUUCGCAAUCCAAUGCAGCGGAGCAGACCACGAAUCAAGGUGCUUUCGAAGAAAACACUGCUGUCGACUGUUUCGUGGCAAAUAGCCAGGCAUCAGAAAACGGCGCAAAUUAUGAGGCGUCUCGAGAAGACAUCCAACCUAGCAGGACCGGGCACGAUCUGGCUACUAGCAAACGCCUGCUGCCCCUUGACAUGAGUGACGAGAACCCGGGACAAGCUAAACCCUCGUUCAAGAGGAUCAAAUCAGAUACUGCUUUCGACGAGGCUCUGAUUGCAUCAGUUCCUCCACUUGCAUUCCUCGCCUCGGGAAGGCAAAUCAACAACCCUGUCCCGAAGUCGACAUUUUGGGCUGCUAACGACAGAUCAACGUGGCACCUCGACUACCCAGAGAUGACGCAACUACAGCAUGACGCGUUUGUACAUGCGUCAAAAUCUAGGGGCGAGGAUUUUGGCCCAGGGAGCUCCCUCUGGCAGCUCGCAAUGGAAUUCUUUCCUCCUAGUUCAGGGAACAGUCCCGCCCUAGGUGCACAGAACUUGCGUUCGGACCGUCUCGGUGGUGGACAAGAUAAAGAGUCAAGUCCGAUAACGGACGACUCGCACUCAAGGGGCAACGCUCGUGGCAUAUCUGGGCUGGUUGUUCCGGUUACUGACAAGCGACUGGCGGCUACUUUCGAAUCUGCCCCGGGAUCUCUCGUCGAGAACAUCGUUGUACCCGUGGAGGAAACUUUCGUGUCGUUUGGCCGUGCCGAUGAUAAUACCAACGCCUAUGGCUUCAAGAAGGAAGUCAAGGUACCAAAGUACGCAUUCAAACUGAUACUCUGGAGGCCUGGUUUCGAUCCCUCGCGUAACUUCAGGCCAUGGACCUGCGUUAGGGACGCCGACAAGGCACACUUUUAUAUUGCGACAAAAGCCACCAACGGAAUUCGUGUCAAUGAUUUUGUUAUCCCGUCGCAUGAUCACCGGAACCCGAAGACUGCAUGCCGCCAUUGGGCUCGUCUACACAGCGGCGAUACGGUCACUAUUUGGGGUGAUGACCAACAACAGGCAAAGCUCCGUUUCAGGUGCUUCCUUACUGCUUCGCAAGAGCCUCGUGCUCAAGAUGAUUGGCCAGCAGCCUUGGCUUCUGAGAGUGAUGCCGUCAAGCUCGAUGAGGCCUGCACCAAAGCCGAACGUCGAUAUCCGAAAUUUAUGGAAAAUGACCGUAUUAAUUCAGCAGAGCGCCAGGACCAGCAACGGCGCGAACUCAACGUCGAAGCUGAACGCAAGAGAUCAGAAGUGUUCUACCAGCACAGGGAGGAGGUUCUGAAGGCGCUUACCCAAGUUAGGAGGGAGACGACCCAAUCUUCUGAUUCACGGGGCUUGGCCCACACUCAACACCACCUAGCCGGAGCUAGUCGACGGGCCUACGUUGGCACAAGAAGCCCGUAAUAGUAUCAUCACUGCCAAAGCAACCAAGCCUACCUUGGGUUCAGGAUUGCCCCGAAAUCUUGUAACAUUCAGGUCAUUUCUUUUUAUCAAGGACAUCAGACAGAAUGGCCGACCACGAGGUUUUACAUGUGUGAUAUUUGAGCCUAUACUUGGUCCAAAUUUCUUUGAUUUGGUGGGACGACGGGCUAUGGGGGUUGGACUUUUUAUCCUGAUCAUCUGUUCCAGUUGUUUUUGUUCGGAGUUCAUGCCAGAAUGGAUGGCUGGAAGAUGGAGUUAUUGGGCAGCAUUAUAUACCUUUUGCAAAUCAUCUUUAGCACGAGGUGGUUUACUGUUUCGUAUUUCUUUCCUUGACAUAGGCCGUCGGUGGACUUGAAACAUGAUUGUGGCUACCCUCAAAAUUUAACUCUAGACUAGUAUUACCCAGUGGC